CGCGUUCCAUCAUUCUCCGACUCCGGUUAGAUCCUCCUUGUCAGUCGUUCAUUCAGAGCUGUGCUCGCUGUUUGCUUUCGCUCCUUCGCUUCCCUCACAAUACAUCUUUCGAGCUGUGCUCCUUAACACCACUAGUUCUUCUCAAUUCUUGUUCUGCCUUUUUACAAAAGCCAUCUCGCCACCCAGUCAGCAACAUGAAGCCCAUUGCCUUCCUCGUCUCAACCCUGGCUACUCUGGCGGUGGCUGCUCCCGCUGCUCCCGCCGCUCCCGCCAGCGGCCUCGAGGAGCGCUCGUUUGCGUUUGACAUCAACGCCUUCAACGGUUUCCGGAGCUUCAACCAGGUCAACCUGAACUACCUCCUCAACAUCAACUCCCUGCAGCUUACUCUCCUCGGCAACUUGGCCACUGUCAACAACCUCAACAUCGUGCAAUUCCAACCUCUCUUCCAGCAUCAGGUCUUCGACAUCCAGGGCCUCCUCCAGUUGCAGUCGUUGCACACCUUCCUGCAGAUCAGCCAGCUCGGCGUCCUCAACGGCUUCGAUCUCGCUACGGUUCAGCUGCAACACCUCAACCUUGGCCUUCUCAACAACGUCAGCAUCAUCGAUCUGCAGAAGUUCAUCUCUCCCGAGGUAGUUCCCCAGGUCAAGUCGAUAGCCGCCGAAGUUCCAGUCUCCACAAAGUAGGAGAAGUUCUUCCAGUUCUUUCAUAUGUCGAUCACAACCCCGCGACAUCCGCCGUUAUAUCCCUUCCAGCUCGUCGCUCUCUCCUCUGCUGGUCGGUGGCGGCGCAAUGGAUGUGAUUAUUGCCAAGAUGAUGUGGGAAAAACAAGAGACAAGCACCUGGAGAACCAAGCGUGAUUUCCCUUGCUUUG